AGUCCUAAUCAAGAUGGCGGAAAAUGGCGGAGUGAUUGGAUUGAAAAAGCAAAAUUAAGGUGCAGUUUAUUGAGCUCGAGGAAGUAAGAUGUCAUUUCAGUCACAAGGCGGACAAGGUGAUUAUUUUUUGCAGUAUCGACUAUGAAAACAAGCAAGGCUGGCAGAUAUUGCUUGUUGUAUUGCUGAAUCGAGGCUAGAGUACAUAGUUCGCGUCUAAAUGAUCAUAUGAUCACGGCUUGCCUUCGCUUUCUUUUGGCAGAAACACAGAAUCGGAGGAUUCUACAGGAUCUGCAACAAAAACGCCAGAUGCUUUUAAAUCAAGGCCAAGGUGGCGUAGGAAAUGUGGGGUGAGUCGAAGUGAUCUCUGACCUUUAAUUGUGAGCUAAUUGCGAGAGAUGCUAGAAAAUACAGUUUUAAGCUGACAGAAAUGAGCUUACUAACACAGUUUCAACAUAGAUUUUUCAUACUUUGCACUUUGUUAUGUGGUAUGUUACACAGGUAAUACAUAGGCAGAAGUGAACAUAACAUGGCUUAAACAUAGUCCAACAUAGUUAAUAAAUAGCAUGAACAUAGGUUUUGCAUAUGUCUAGUUCUACAAGGGGUACCUUAAAAGUAAUUUUUAUUGUUUGAGCUUAUGAUUUGGACGGUAAAUUUGGCAUCCCUCUCGCUUGAAAAGUUUCUUUCCUUCGUACUUAAACAAGAUAGCAUGUUGCUGUCACUUAAAGUUUGUGAAGCUUCGUUUAGUAAAAUCAAGUCACUCACCGCUUCUAGAUUAAUGCUUGAUCAAUGCAAGGAAGCAGUAGCGUAAAUUACAUGUAUUUGUACCAUACAGGAUUACACCACCACCAAAUAUUAAAAGAUUUGCUCAAUCAAGGAUAAAACAGCCUUUGUACAGACUGUCACAUGAUGUCUUACAGCAUGUCACAAUGCUUUGCAUGAAUAGACAAAUUUUCUUUUCCCAAGCAUUUCCAAAAUGAAAGGGUUACUUGGAUUAAAGUCCCAUGAGACUUAUGAUAAACUCCUAGUCUUCCCUUUCAAAUUACCUCAUAUUUUUCCAGAGAAACAAAUGGAAAGUUUGACAGUUUAAAGGCCUUAUCACAUUCUGCUGCAUUAAAUGCUCUUUGUUAACUUUAAGUGUACCAAUUUUAUGAAAAAUACAGAAGCAAAAACAUAUGUGUUGUUUAAUCUUUCUUAACAAAUUUAUUAUUAUAUUGCCCAUAGCAACAAAACAAAUUAUGAGAAUUUAGGUGAAUAUAGCAGUUUUGUUGUAUUUUCGUAAGUUAUUGUGUCAUUUUUUUACAUUAUUUUGUAUUCCACAGUAUUUUGCCAUAAAAAAUUUAGCAUUAUCACUAUUUGCCCGGGCCCCCUCCCCUGGAUCUGCCACUGCAAUGGUGACCAACAUCAAUUUUUUCUUAACAAUACCCAUUCACUGACAAAAGAAAAGGUUAUGAGAAUUAACAAAAUGAUCACCAAAACGAAAAUGCCUUGAUCUUUUGUCAAAUUCGCUCAACUAAUUCUUAAACGAAAUGUAUAGAGAUCAGGUUGGAGAAUUUGUAAGUGGAUAUCAGGCUUAAAGGGUUAAGAGAGAGUCGAGUGUUAUCAGAAUAACAAUGUUCAUGAUAUGACUGUUUAAUGUUUUUACUUCUCAGGCAAAGGAGUGUGGGAGGUGCAGAGGCAUCUGUUCCCAUUGUAAAAGUUACACAUGAAGCCCCGGUAAGUAAUAAGUGCAGUUAAUGUUUGAGUUUGUGUGGAGUCAAUGUAAUUCAAUAUUCACCUGAAUUUUCUGCGUUGCUACAUGACUGAAUUGUAAUAAUGAGUUGACAAGUUUGUGACUAGACUUCUUAAUAACAGCUUAUUGAAAAAUAAUUAUUUAGAAAACAGCAAAAAUACUAUAAUCUGUGACGGCUAUGGGUGUCCAUAUGAUCCAUGGGCAUACACACAAAAAAACUGGCCAUCUAUGUAGGCUAGCUGCUAAGUUAUACAUAAUUAGGCUUCAAGUUUUGUGGUUAACUUGUGCACUUUGUAUGGUCGCUUCUUCAGAGUUUUAAAAAACAGACCUGCUUUUUCAAAAUUGGGUAAACAAUAUCUGCUAGAUAAAUCCCUAUCUAAUAGAUACAUGUACACUUAAGAUUAGGAAAAGUAAGGCCAAUUGUCUUAUCCGUUAAAUAGAAUUUGUUGAGUGGAUCAUGGUUUUCUCCUUUUGAACAAGUAGGGCCAAUGUGGAAUUUGGAACUGUUCAGUGAUUAAUCUAGAAGUUGGUCAAAGUGUGUUAUAUAUGCAUGUAUGUCCCACAUGGCAUUUUAAAUUGGGUCAUUUCAGAAAUGGUCUACUAGGUCAAACUAUGAUAUUGAAACUUUGAACAACUAUAAUGGAAAUCUUCAUGGUUUUCAGAUUCACCUGCCUUUCUCUCUCUUGUAAAAAAUGAACUUAGCUUUUCAAUUAAUGGAACAAAAACAAAGAACGAAGUCAACAAACGAAGCGCAAAUCGGCAAAGCAAUGUACAGCUGUAUGCAGAGCGUCCAAAUGAACGCUCCGGUCUCUCUCAGAAUUGCGUGAUGUAAGAACUAAUCGUACGCACGAAGUCUGAAAUUGAAUGAUAGUCAUUCUGUGCGCUCAUUUCAGGCUAGUAAGCGCACUUUUUUUUUUUUAAUUACUUAUAUUAUUACCUGCUGCUUUGGAAGUACUUAUAAUAUGAAGUAACUUUUUUGCGUCAGUAUGACUCCACGAUUAUUUCAUUUUGGGUCAGAGCAGAAUACUGUAAAAUUCCGAAAAUAAGUCCCUCCAUGUAUAAGCCCUCCAAAUAUAAGCCCCCCAAGCUCGUUACGCAAAAAACCCUCCGUUAAAUCGUCCCCCCGAAUAUAAGCCCCGCGGGGGGCUUGUACUUGGAAAUGUCCGUCAAAUACAAAGUAAAACAAAGAAAAACGGUAGUUUUCCUUCCAAGAAGAGGGCUAGCCCAAACGAUUUUUAAACGCAAAUUUCCCUCCAUCCAUAAGCCCCUCCGAAUAUAAGCCCUUCAAAAAAUAAGCCCCUCAAUAAUGGCCUUUGAAAAAUAUAAGCACCGGGGCUUAUUUUCGGAAUUGUACGGUAUUCCACGUCAAUGGCGGAGAAACGUAGCUUAGAUUGAACACUUCAACUGUUAUCAUUUAAAUAAACCUCUGUAAAAAUGCUCUAUUGCUUUUAGGUUAUUCGCAACCCAGCAGACAUGGCAUUGAGCCAGCGACAGGCACUAGAGGUUGGUUUACAUCACUUAACCCUUGAAGCCCUAAGAGUGAUCAGCAUUAAAUUUCUCCUUGUAGUAACAAGGCUUUGUUAAACAGAGUGGUCAUGAGAAUUACGGACAUGAUCACACAGGAUGAAUUAGGUUAAUAUUAUUUUUAUCAACUUCUCCCCACUACUUCUGUAGGAAAUGAAUAGGAGCAACACAUGAGAAUUCAAAUUUUGAUCUUAGGGUUUAAAGGGUUAAAAGAUUUACAUAAGUAGUAUAAAAACCACUCACUCUGUCAAAAGUAAUUAUUAUAGCUUCUAAAUCAGAUGCUUUGUGUCGUGUAAAACGUUUCAUCAAAAUACUUUAUGUCACAUUCUUUUCUGCUACAUAUCAUCUCAUUAUGAAAUGGUAUCAAUGAUUUAGACAAUGCUGGACUGUAAAACAGCCCGUAUUUUUGCCUAAGUUCAGGACGCGUGCACGAGCGGUCAAAGCAGAGGUUUGCAGUGAGGGUAAAAACGAAGAGUGAGACCGUCUUUACAACGGUUUCGCUACUUGUCAAAUUCGCUACGUUCGAGUUCGCUACCUACAUAUUUGUCUUGCUGGCUAUUGGCAAAGUCUAAAACUUGCACCCUUGAAGGGGCAAGCUUAAAAGAACGAGAAAUAUAUCAGCAGAUUUUCAGUGGUUUUCAGGAAGUAAUAUGUAGCGAAUUUGUUGCAAACUAGAAUGAACGAAUUCGAAAAGCAGCGAAACCGGUUGUUACCAGAAACGGGCGUGGCCCACUUCGUGUGAAAAUAUUAUGCUGGCGCUUCACGCCUUGCAAAACCGAUUUGGAGAAAAAAAUUGCAUUCUAAGUCGAUGCCAGAUUGUCAUGGACCUGGAAAAAUAACAACACGAAAAUUUAAAGGAUUUCAUUAUAGCGCUACCGAUGAUUUUCUCGUGCAUCAUCAUGAUUUCCUGAAUGACUGACGUGAUCGUAUCCAAGACAAUGUGUAGCACUGACCUUUCAAAAAGAGAGCUUUAGAUUUGAGGACGAGAACGAGAUUUAACUUAAAGUUUUUUCUCGUGUUCUCAAAAAAAAAAAGACAUCCCGGAAAGCUUCAUUUUACAUUUUUACACCAAAAAAGUUUAUACGGUUAUGUCUCCUGACCGAGGUUGAGCCCUCUCCCAAUAGCAAAAUGAUAAAACUUCUUCUAAUUGAUAACUUGUUCCCGCCACGACGACAUUGUCGCUAAAACUCGUAGUAGAAUGACGACUGUCUCGUUUUGCCACCAAAAUGACGCUGGUUCACUCGUGAGCAAUACUCAGUAUUGAGGAAAUCCUCGUUUUCGUUCGUUCUCGUCUCAGAAUCAAGAGCCCCUAACAAUUCACUGUAGGGGGCGGGGGAGAGGGCCGAAUUUUUUUUUUGCUCUUUGGGCCUCAAUUUGGUCUAAAAAUAAGGGGGGGGCGCCCACACACCCUGGCCCCUGCAGACCUACUGAUCGCGCCCUCGACUGCAAAAUAUCCCUGCAUUGUAGGCUAAUGGUAUCCUUUCUCAGUUCUAUUGGAACAGUUUUAUUUUUUUCUGUCUCAAAUCGUUUCGUAAUUAAGUGCCAAGUAAACGACAAUACAAGACAGUAAACCCUCCUUAAUAUGGGACUAUCGCGAGGUAUGUUUAGACUUUUAUGGAGCGUUUUCUUUUGCUUUUUAGCACGCGAACACUACGUCUUCUGGAUAUUUUAUCUCGCAAGACUCAGCUUACGGAAAUCUCAUCCUGCCGGUUUUACCAAGGUUUGAAAAUGGAGAAUUAAAAAUGAUUUGAGAUUGGACUGCUUUGGAGCGUGAUACUCUAAGAAGCUUUUUCAGAACGUAUGAGUGGUUUAACAUGACUAGUUCCACGGUUCCCCCACGGCUUAUGCAUUUCGGGUCACGUGGUCUGAGCGAAUCAAUGGCCUGGCCGUUCGUCUCGGAUACGUCACCGAAAUUCAUUGGCCCAGGAGGCCUGGGAAGACGCUGUAAAGGGACAAGGCAAUGUUCAAAAAAUGAGCUUCAAGAAGGUCGAUCAUCUCAAGUUAUUUGAGGAAGUAACCUAAUGCAUGGUUUAAAAAUCUGGCCUUGGCAAAAUCAAACACUAUAUGUACUUAAACGUUGAAAGGAGCAAAUGAAAGUAAUCUGUAGUUGAUGCGACUUAUGCUGUGAAUAAAAUGUUAAUUUAACGUUGAACCGAUACUCAAGUUGCAACUUCCUUCGUAUUUCAAGCUGUGACCAUUUUGAAUAAUUUGGACGCUGACUGGCAUGGUUUUGGC